AUGCUUAGCAGUCCUUUAAAUCCCCCUCCAUCCGGGCCUUCCCACCCAACCGGACGGACGCUUUUCGGACCACCCCCGGUCCCUCCGCCGCGCGACCUCCGCCAGCGCUUUAUGGGCGGCGCCGACCUCCGGGCCGACAGCGCGCCCAUCCGGUUGGAUGCGGAUGCGCCGCCGGACCCACGACAGAAGCUCGAAAGCAUGCGACGAGGCUUGGUUGCCGUGGGUGUGGAUAGUGCCCUCUUUGAGCAAGUGGUGGACAGACUGGCGCCCAAUGGAGACCUCGAAAAGGCGUGUGAGGUGCUGAAAACACGUUUCGCUACGGCCCUGAAUGCCUUGCAGUGA